AUGUUUGCCUCCUCCUUCCUCUCUCUCUCCUCCUCCUUCCUCUCUCUCUCCUCCUCCUUCCUCUCUCUCAUCCUCCUCUCCUCCUUCCUCUCUCUCUCCUUCUCUCCUCCUCCUUCCUCUCUCUCUCCUCCUCCUUCCUCUCUCUCUCAUCCUCCUCUCCUCCUUCUUCCUCUCUCUCUCAUCCUGUCCUCCUCCUUCCUCUCUCUCUCCUUCUCUCCUCCUCUCCUCCUCCCUCCUCUCUCUCUCAUCCUCCUCUCCUCCUUCCUCUCUCUCUCCUUCUCUCCUUCUCUCCUCCUCUCCUCCUCUCCUCCUCUCCUCCUCCUUCCUCACUCUCUCCUCCUCUCCUCCUCCCUCCUCUCCUCCUCCUUCCUCUCUCUCUCCUCCUCCCCUCCUCCCUCCUCUCCUCCUCCUUCCUCUUUCUCUCCUCCUUCCUCUCUCUCUCAUCUCUCUCCUCCUCCUUCCUCUCUCUCUCAUCCUCCUUCCUCUCUCUCUCCUCCUCCUCUCCUCCUUCCUCUCUCUCAUCCUCCUCUCCUCCUCUCUCUCAUCCUCCUCUCCUCCUUCCUCUCUCUCUCCUUCCUCUCCUUCUCUCCUCCUCUCCUCCUCUCCUCCUCUCCUCCUCCCUCCUCUCUCACCUUCCUCGUCAAAGAACACGCAUGUCAUCCAUUCACCUAA